CCGGGAACAGAGGACUUGACUUCCUGAGGUUAGAUGUUGUAAUCCUGGUUCACAGACUUUUGGCUUCAGUCCCUCCUGCUGCUUGUGGUGUUUCUCUGCUCCUUCACUGCCCAAUACAUUGGUGCACGCACACACACGCACGCACACACACAGAGUUGCUUUCUGCCUGGGAGUCCCUGGACAAUGGCACCAAUGACUCAGAUGGGAUUCUGAGCUGGAACGAACAGGAGAAAGAGUGAAGGUGGAGGACAGUUUCCCUUUCAGGUCCCAUCUCUCUUGGCUUUCUCCUAAGCAGCCUCUCUGGGACUGUCCUGGGCAUCUGAGCGCGGAGCUGAGUGGAUCACAGGAGCCAGGCUCGGGGACUGAGGGGUACUUAAAGCCCAGAGCGGAGGUGUGAUUUGCCUAAGGUCACCCAGGAAGUUAGAGACUCGGCUCCACCACUUAUUGUAUUGGCCGUGCCUUCUCACCUUCCUGCCCCACUCCCAGCUCUGUGGACUCCCAACCCAUUGCAUGGCUAUGGAGAGCAAAGUGGCAGUCCACAAGGAUGGGCCUCCUGUGGUCUUCUGGGUCCCUGAGGAGGGAGAGAAGCUGGACCAGGAAGGUGGAGACCAGGUGAAGGAUCGGGGCCAGUGGACCAACAAGAUGGAGUUUGUGCUGUCAGUGGCCGGGGAGAUCAUUGGGCUGGGCAAUGUCUGGAGGUUCCCCUAUCUCUGCUACAAAAAUGGAGGUGGAGCCUUCUUCAUCCCCUACUUCAUCUUCUUCUUCACCUGCGGCAUCCCAGUGUUCUUCUUGGAGGUGGCACUGGGCCAGUAUACCAGCCAGGGCAGCGUCACGGCCUGGAGGAAGAUCUGUCCCCUUCUCCAGGGCAUUGGUACGGCAUCUGUGGUCAUCGAGUCCUAUUUGAACAUCUACUACAUCGUCAUCCUUGCCUGGGCUCUCUUCUACCUGUUCAGCUCCUUUACCUCCGAGCUGCCCUGGACCACUUGUACCCAUAACUGGAACACAGAGCAUUGCAUGGACUUUCUGAACCACUCGGGAGCCAGCACAGAGACCCCCUCUGAGAACUUCACCUCCCCUGUCAUGGAAUUCUGGGAGAGACGAACCCUGGGCAUCACCUCGGGCAUCCACGACCUGGGGGCCCUGCGCUGGGAGCUGGCCCUGUGCCUCCUGCUUGCCUGGGUCGUCUGCUACUUCUGCAUCUGGAAGGGGGUCAAGAUCACAGGCAAGGUGGUGUAUUUCACAGCCACCUUUCCCUACCUGAUGCUGGUCAUCCUGUUGGUCCGCGGCGUCACCCUGCCCGGAGCCUACGAGGGCAUCAUCUAUUACCUGAAGCCAGAUUUGUUUCGCCUCAAGGACCCCCAGGUGUGGAUGGACGCCGGCACCCAGAUCUUCUUCUCCUUCGCCAUCUGCCAGGGGUGCCUGACAGCCCUGGGCAGCUACAACAAGUACCACAACAACUGCUACAGGGACUGCAUUGCCCUCUGCUUCCUAAACAGUGCCACCAGCUUUGCAGCCGGGUUUGUGGUCUUCUCCAUCCUGGGCUUCAUGUCCCAAGAGCAGGGGGUGCCCAUUUCUGAAGUGGCUGAGUCAGGUCCUGGUCUGGCCUUCAUCGCAUUCCCCAAGGCUGUGACUAUGAUGCCCUUGUCCCAGCUGUGGUCCUGCCUUUUCUUCAUCAUGCUCAUCUUCCUCGGGCUGGACAGUCAGUUUGUCUGUAUGGAGUGCCUGGUGACGGCCUUCGUGGACAUGUUCCCCAGGCAGCUCCGGAAGAGUGGGCGGCGAGAGCUCCUCAUCCUCGCCAUCUCUGUCACGUGCUACCUGAUAGGGCUCUUCCUGGUCACCGAGGGCGGGAUGUACAUCUUCCAGCUGUUUGAUUAUUACGCUUGCAGUGGCACAUGCCUGCUCUUCCUUGCAGUGUUUGAAGUAAUCUGCAUCGGCUGGGUGUAUGGAGCCGACCGUUUCUAUGACAAUGUUGAGGACAUGAUUGGCUACCGGCCAUGGCCCCUGGUGAAGAUCUCCUGGCUUUUCCUGACCCCUGGACUUUGCCUGGCCACUUUCCUCUUCUCCUUGAGCAAGUACACACCCCUCAAAUACAACAACAUCUACGUGUACCCUCUCUGGGGGUACUUCAUUGGCUGGUUCCUGGCUCUCUCCUCCAUGGUCUGCGUCCCACUCUUCAUCAUCAUCACCCUCCUGAAGACUCAGGGUUCCUUCAAGAAGCGCCUGAGACAGCUCAUCGCCCCUGACCCCAGCCUGCCAAAACCCCAGCAACACCUGUAUCUGGAUGGUGGCGCAGACCAGGCCUGCAGGCCCUCCCCAACGAAGGAGGGGCUGAUAUCUGGGGAGAAAGAGACCCACUUGUAGGAUGUGGCUGGAAGCUGAGUGGCUACUGAGCCAGGAACCUCGGUCAGGGCCACUCAAUAACUUCCAAUGGACAGCCUUCGCCUCUGUCCCCUACCACAGUCCUGCUGAGAACCUUUCAAUGUCCCUGGGGACCCCCAGUGGGACACCAGCCUCCUCUCCUCUCCUCAGCUGCAGCAGCUCUUCCUGACGGGCUAAAGGUGGUCCCCCUGGGACGUGCCAUGCUAUGAAGCGACUCCCUGUCGGAACACACCAUCUUAUUAUAAAGGAGGGUGGGCUGAUUCUAACACAUAUUGUGAGGGAACUCCCACUGCAGGGAUGUUUCCUGUUCGAGCUUACUGUAUACCAUGACCUGAUUCAGAGAGCCCAAUGGAACAUACCGCGUUGGAAGUGGCAACUGAACACACCACACUGGAUUCUGACAUUCCAUUAAACAGGGUCCUUCAUGAGGCUUAGCAUUCUGGAGUUCAUGGCGAAGGAACUAGAGAAACGGCCAGGAGGCAAACCUUCACAUGCCACCAUUGUCUUGAGUUUAACUGGAGGUGGUCUCUCAAGGUGUUCCUAGCUCCAGCUUCAGUUCCACACUCUUGCAAUGCUGUCAUCAACUCAUUGGAAUGGAAGGGACUUAGACACAAUCCCUUGACUUUGCAAAUACACAGCACAUAUGUCUCUAUGGGCCUCUGCCCAAAAAAAGACAUUGCUAAUCCAUCACAGGUCCUUUCCCACCUCAAUCCUUGUAGAUAUAGUGCUUCAGGCAGUCCAUUUGCCAUCCUGCUUUUGUUCAACCCCCUGACUCCAUGGAUGAGGAAACUGAGGACCAAAGAGACAAAGAGACCUUUUCAAGUUCACACAGCUCCCCAGGCCAGAUGUACAACUAAAACCUGGUCACCUUGUUCUCAGGCCAGUGUUCUCCCCGUUACAGCCUCCUGCCUUAGUUAACAAGCACGUAUGGAUCACCUGCCGCCGUGUGCUAGCCUUCUUUACCGCUCCCCAUUUCUGCUCCAUUCUGUAGUGCUUGGGUAGGAGGGAGGGGGGUCCCCUCUGUGAAGGCCAUGAGCAGUUCUCCCCAGAUUGGUGCCCCACCUCGGUAUUCUUUCUGCCAGCCCAUACUCAUCUGACCAGAUGUCCUCUGGACCCUUUGUUCUUGCCAUGUUCUGUCUCCCUUCCCCCAGCGGAGGCCUUGGCGUCUGCAAAGCCCCCUGGUCUCCCACAGAGACGGGGGUGUGUGUUGAGGGUGCUUCUCUCCCCAUGUCCCUACCAAAUCACCAGACCCUUCCCUGGCUGGAGAAGGCUUCCUGGAGGAGGAAGGCAGGGCUGGAUAAGUUCCACGUUCUUGUGUUCAGAAGGGAAGCCAGGAGAGGGAUGGGAGUGGGGUAGGGGGAAUGGUGCAUAGGUACAUGUCUGCCCAGUGGACAGAGUGAAAAUCUGGCCAGGGUGAGUUCCAUCCUGACAGCCCCAGGCCAUCCUCAGAGUAUCCAUCAUCCUUUGCCCAGACAUGUAGGCUUCUCAGCUGGUGAGAACAAGUUCGUUGGCACACUGGCCACAAGCAGAUGUCCAGACUCCUGGGUUCUGGCAGUCCCGUUCUGCCUUCCUCUGGACCGCUCCGUGCACCUGUGCUCACCCUUCUUAGACUAGUUAGUGGGGAAAGAAGGAGGCACCGGAGAAGGGGAUGGAGAGAGGGAUGGAGAGAAACUGCCUCAGCCAGAUUGCUCUCAUUUGUGAGACCAGGGAACCUGUCCGAAGGAGGCGCGGGCCAGGCAUGGUGCUCUCUGCUGCCGCCUGGUGGGAGGCAGGAGCAGUGCCGCCUCCGACCUCCCGAGCAGCCUUCACAAGCAGGACAGCGCCCUCCCCCCGCCCUCGCGAUGGAGGGACAGGCUGCGCGGCUCUCCUUCCCUUCCCUGGAAGCCAAAUGCUUCCCACAGCCUUCUCCCCAUUGCCCCGGGGGCUCCCCAAGAGAGUCGGCCAGCUUUGGGGCAGCCCAGCUGGCUGGAGACACGGGCCCAGGCGAGGCAGGCUCUCGGCUCCCCGCCGCCUCCCCCGAGUGCGCCUGCGUGGGGCCUGGCGCUUUCAGCUCGUCGCAGGCGUUUGCGCAGUUCCGCAGGUGGGUGGGGCGCCCGCGCUCUGCGCGCCCUGAGUGCUGAAUCUCGCAGUCUCUCUUCCUCUGCGGACACGCAUUGCCCUCUCCCGUUGUCCUCCGACCCACGUAGUCCGCCGGGACUCAGCUGCCGCGGCUCCCCCGGCUUCAAACCCACAGCGCGUGGAGGAGGGGCUCGGCUCGGCUCGGGGACUGCGGCGGCGGGCAGCGUGUCUGCGGGCGUUCCUCCCUCCAGCCCCAGCGCUCAGGGUAGAGCCUCUAUGGCCCGCGGGUCCAAAGGGAUCUGGAUGGGGCGGGCUGAGGCUGGAGGAAACAGGGUGUCAGGGAAAGGGACUUCCAGCCAACUCACAGCUCCUGGGAACCCACUCACACUGGGUCCACAACAUGGGCAAGGAGCAACAGUUUGACUCUUUAAAGUGCCCAGGAGAAAUCCCCCUGCGUCCAGCCCGUCCUGGAGCCUGAUCCGAGCACUGCACGCGGCUGUGGAUGCUCGCUCGCCCAAGCGCCUGGAGUCUCUCUUCAGCCUUGAUUACAGUCUUCUCUCCUGCGUUACAGCCACUUGGCUGUCACCUUAUCUCUCUGCAGAAUCUUGGCAUCUCUUCCUGCUCCCAGCAGGGGACCUGGCACCCUGUGGGGCUCGAUAAAUGUUUGCUCCAUUGCA